AACUUAGAAAAACAUAAAGAAGUUGGACUAUUGAUCAAAAUGCAUACAAAAUUGUGGUGUAUUGUGGGUUCUCUAUUUUCGCCGAAAACGUCAAACACCAAACGUCAAAGUAACGCGUGGUUUCGAUUUCUUGUAAUUUUUUUACACGUGCUGCAGUCGCGGUAGCAAUGAGUUCGCUAAAAUUGCAGAAGAGGCUCGCAGCCUCGGUUAUGCGAUGUGGGAGAAAAAAAGUCUGGUUGGACCCUAACGAAAUCAACGAAAUUGCCAACACAAAUUCAAGACAGAACAUCCGGAAAUUAAUCAAAGAUGGUCUCAUCAUUAAGAAACCCGUCGCCGUACACUCCCGUGCCCGUGUCCGCAAGAACACGGAAGCCAGAAGAAAAGGCAGACAUUGUGGCUUUGGUAAAAGAAAAGGUACUGCAAAUGCGCGUACCCCUCAAAAAGAACUGUGGACCCAAAGAAUGCGGGUCUUGAGGCGACUGUUGAAAAAGUACAGGGAAGCCAAGAAAAUUGACAGACACUUAUACCACAAUCUGUAUAUGAAAGCCAAAGGCAACGUUUUCAAGAAUAAGAGAGUUCUUAUGGAGUACAUCCAUAAGAAGAAGGCUGAGAAGGCUAGAACAAAAAUGUUGAAUGACCAAGCUGACGCACGCAGAUUGAAAGUCAAGGAGGCCAGAAAACGGCGAGAAGAACGCAUCGCUGCUAAAAAAUUAGAAGUACUGCAGAAUUAUCAACGGGAGGACGAGGCCGCAGCAGCCAAGAAGUAAAAUGUCAUAUUUAUAGCCCUGUAUUGAUUAUCUGGAUAUUUAUACCACGUGAUUAAAAAUAAAUGUAAUGGUGACACGAAGUCAAGGACGUUUGUCUACUUGUCUAAAUUACACUUGUUUUUUAAUCACACCAUGUAUACCCAUUUACAUAAAUUGAAAUAAACAUUUACGAAACA